CAAAUUCCGGGCAGCCCUUUGUGGUCCAAUCUUGUCCCCAAGAUGCAUCCAUAUCCGCCAUGUCUCAAAAUGUUGGUCCCUUCUCUGGUGAUCUUCACGUCUUUCAGCCAACUCCUUGCGCUGGAGCCGCCCGAGCCGCUGGAGUCGGAUCCCAGCUGCUGGUUGCAACGCAGUGAGCCCGCCGGAGCCGGGCAAGCCUUGGAGUUGUUGGGCUCAAACCGCUCGGCGUCGAAGAAGAAGAAGAUUGAUGAGCUACGGGACAACUUGAAAGCUGAGGAAGAGAAGCUCAAAGCAAUGAAAACAGAGUUGAGAAAAUUGAGAAGGUCUGGGGAUUGUCCAAGUGGAGGAGAGUAUUUGACCUUCACCUCUAUAGACAAUUCCGGCGACUUCGUGUUGAGCAACGGUGCGAAGGGCCAAAUCUCCAUCAAUACUCAGAGCUCUUUCCCUGGCAGCGAAGAUUGCAAUUCCGCAAUUCUCGUUGAUGGCUCCGCUGUGCCAGCGAGAUCGGUUUUUGGAGUUCCACCAGUACUAUGCAAUUUGAGCAAUACUCCAGGCAUUUUUGUGUCGGUGGAUUUCACGGAUCCUCCAACGCUGAAUGUCUCUUCGGCCAACAUCACCUUCUUGGGAAAUACUUCCGAAUUUGGUUAUGAUGUCGCGAAAGAAAUCGGUGGGUCUCCUAUCCGUGGGAGUCAGACAAUUAUUGAAGGAGACAACAUUCUGGAUCUUAGCGCUGUCGUCCCCCCACCUGAACUUGGGGGGGUCAACUUUUUCACGGGCACAGACCGAGAUGAUGUUAUAUUGUUCAAAAUAAAUGGCUUCACACUGUGUGGCACCCAAGCAGUGGUUGUCGGAGACCCGCAUAUCAAAACGCUGGACGGAAGACACUACAUCAUGAUGAGCCAGGGCACCUUUUCAAUAUGGAGGUACUCGGGCGUGAAAGCCGAUGUUCCGAAAUUUCAAAGCGAAUCCUCGACAAGCAUCGAUGUAGACUGGCAGGUGUAUGCGCAUUAUAGUAGCCAGCAGUCCUACACCAGAGGCUUGCUGCUCCUGGACAAGUCGGGUGGCUCGCUGCAUCAGUCGCUGGAAAUCACCUCCGUUGACUGCAAGUGGAGGGCUAAAGGCCCCACUGGCUGGUCUCCAGUAGGAAAGAAAGAGAUGGCUGCACUUGAGCAAAUUCCCUUCGCGACAGGCUUCGAAUUCCAUUCUAAAAACAAGACGAAUCGCGUAUCCUUUGUGAUGAUCAAGCAGGGCAUGAAGACAGAAGUGGCCACGCUGAGUGUUAGCUGCCGGCAGGGGCGUUACAUCAACUUGGUCUUUGACAUGAAACACGCUUCAGAUGUUCGUUUCGUCGAUGGGGAGCUGCGUGUGGCUCGCAACACGCCGGUCUCGACCUUGCAAAUGACAGACAGUGAAGCGUUCGGUGUUGAAACUUCUUGGAAAGACCUUCGAGGGAGCGAGCUAGCAUCUGCCUACCUGAAGGAAGCUGAUGCGACGAAUGGACUGAGCUUGCUCCAGACCUGCGAGGAUGCGGAGAUGUCCCAUGCCAUGGAUCUUUGCUCCAAGCACUUGGGUGCUGAAUUGCAGCGGGCCGAUGGUCCAGACGGCGACUUCUUCAACGAUUGCGUUUUUGACGUUUGCCGUGGUGGGGAGGUGGCUGCUGAACUGGCUGCUGAACUCCUUGCGGCCAGGCGCUCGCCCUGAGCAACAGGUUGGACCGCCAGCCUGCCAGAAGUUUCGCACGUAAACGGGUAGCCUGUCCAUAUUGUUUCUGACAGUGUCUUUACGAUCUUGUUG